AGUACCAAAAACAAAACGGUGCAUAAUUAGGAAAAGCUUGUCGCUUUAAAAUCCAAAGAAAAACAUACUGGUAUCAUCAAUCAAAACCCACAUGGCAGAAUCUGGUUUCUUCCCCAAUGAAUUCAACAAAGAACAGGACCCAUCGUCACCGGAAACCGCCACAGCAAACCACCUUCUAUCUCUUCCGUACAGCUCCUUUUCUGACAGACUCAAGAUAACAGCUUUACACCUCAAAGAAACUAUUGUGAAGGAGACAUGGGGAAGCAGUGGGAAACAUUUGAAAGAUUAUACAAUGUAUACAGGUGCCCUUGGAACAGCUUUCUUGGUUUUUAAAGCUUACCAAGUUACUCACAAUAAGAAUGAUCUUAAGUUGUGUAAAGAUAUUCUUAAAGCUUGUGAUUCUGCUUCUUUUGGAGACAGACAUGUGACGUUCAUCUGUGGGCAGGCUGGUGUAUCUGCUCUUGGUGCUGUUGUGGCUAAACAAAGCAAUGAUGAUAAUUUAUGUGAUCACUAUCUAAAAAGAUUUAGAGAGAUUAAGCUUCCUAAAGAUCUACCAAAUGAACUAUUGUAUGGUAGAGCAGGUUACUUAUGGGCAUGCUUGUUCUUAAACAAGAAUCUUGGUGAGAAAACAAUUUCGUCUGCCCUCAUGAGAACAGUUACAGUUGAAAUUGUAAAGGCUGGUAGAAAGAUGUCUACAAGGGAAUGUCCAUUAAUGUAUGAGUGGCAUGGUAAAAGGUAUUGGGGAGGUGCCCAUGGACUUGCUGGGAUAAUGAAUGUAUUAAUGGAUUUGGCGUUAACUGAAGACGAGUUGGAGGAUGUGAAGGGUACACUAUUUUACAUGAUUAAAAAUCGGUUCCCGAGUGGAAAUUAUCCUUCCAGUGAAGGUAGAGAAUCAGACCGGCUUGUGCAUUGGUGUCAUGGUGCUCCUGGUGUUGCUCUUACACUUGCAAAAGCAGCCAAGGUUUUUGGAGAUGACGAAUUUCACAAGGCAGCAGUAGAUGCAGGGGAGGUGGUGUGGGAACGCGGUUUACUUAAACGAGUUGGGAUCUGUCAUGGAAUAAGUGGGAACGCAUAUGUUUUUCUUUCCCUUUAUCGUCUAACUGGUGACGUGAAGUUCUUAUAUAGAGCUAAAGCUUUUGCCAGUUUCCUCCAUGAAAAUGCUCUAAUGCUUAUAUCAGAAGGAACAAUGCAUGGAGGUGACCGCCCCUUUUCCCUAUUUGAAGGCAUUGGAGGAAUGGCAUAUCUUUUCCUAGACAUGAUAGAUCCAUCGGAGGCUAGGUUCCCUGCUUACGAGAUUUGAAUAUCUGUUAGCGUUUUGGUUCCUCAAGUGGUAUGUAACUUUGUAUAUUUGUAUUUUAUAAUUUGUGUCACUUCUCUGACUCCCGUGAAGCUUGUAAUAUCAUCUAUGGCAUGCGUAUGUAGCUAGUUAAUCUUGUUUA